AUGGAAGCAACAACGGAAGCAUUCGUACCUUCAAGAACAAUCGAUGAUGAACGCCUAGUUACCGUUCUCAGCAUUGAUGGGGGCGGCAUUAGGGGCAUCAUACCAGGAAUCAUACUAGAUUUCCUUGAAACAGAGCUUCAGAAGUUGGAUGGUGAUCAUGUAAGAUUGGCAGAUUACUUUGACGUGAUUGCGGGAACAAGUACUGGGGGAUUAGUGGCUGCAAUGCUCACUGCCCCAAAUGAGCAUAACCGACCAUUAUUUGCAGCCAGUGAAAUCAAAGAUUUCUACCUUAAGCAUGGCUCAAAAAUAUUCCCACAAAAUAAAUGCUGCAAUUUAUUCUUACAUAUCGUGAAGCUCAGCAAAGCUCUAUUAGGACCCCGGUAUAAUGGCAAGUAUUUGCAUAGACUUCUAAAGGAAAGACUAGGAGACACAAAAUUACACCAAACACUGACCAACGUUGUCAUCCCAGCAUUUAACAUCAAAUGCCUUCAACCAACCAUCUUUUCCACUUUCCAGCUGAAGAAAAGGCCAGAUUUGAAUGCCUCGCUAUCGGACAUAUGCAUUGCAACUUCGGCAGCUCCAACAUAUCUUCCACCUCAUUACUUUGAAACCAAAGAUCACACUGGAAAAGUCAUAGGCAAAUUCGAUCUUGUGGAUGGAGGGGUCGCGGCAAAUAACCCAACCAUGGUUGCCAUAGGGGAAGUGACAAACCAAAUUAAUCAUGAUGGACCAAGCGCAAAAAUAAAUGUAGAACCAAUACAAUAUGACCAGUUUUUGGUGAUAUCGUUGGGAACAGGAGCUCAAAAACAGGAAGUGAGAUACACUGCAGAUGAAGCAGCUCAAUGGGGCAUUUUGAGUUGGGUAGCCACAAUGAAUGGUUGCACCCCUUUGAUUGAUGCUUUUAUGCAAGCAAGUGCUGACAUGGUUGACUUUCAGCUUGCCUCCGUUUUCGGAACACACAAUUCCGAAAACAAUUACCUGCGAAUCCAGGACGACACAUUAACUGGGGACUUAUCUUCGGUAGAUGUGGCCACCGAGAAGAAUUUGAAAGAUCUCGUGAAAGUUGGGCAAUCAUUGUUAAAGAAACCAGUUUCGAAGGUUAACUUGAAGACUGGCAUUUACGAACCUGCAACCCAUUAUUAUGAAACAAACGAGGAAGCCCUGAAGAGGUAUGCAAAAAGACUAUCUAAACAGAAGCAAAUUCGUAAUCUGGGAAAGUCUGAUAAGAAAUUAUAG